AUGGCUGUCAUCAAUUGGAAACUAUAUCAUCUCAAGGUAGACACCAGGAUGCGCCAAGCCUAUCAAACAGAAACGUCCGUUAGUUUCGAAACCGCCCAAAGGAGCAAAGUGGAAAUAAAAGAAUCGAUAACCCAUGAAAUCUUACAAGAUCUGGGUCUUGCUUUAUUAGAAGAGAUGAAUAGGCGUCCUGGGUAA